AUGCAAAGCGAUCACGUGGUCCCAUUUUGUCAGUCCGAUGCGUUUUUGGGGUAUUUGUGUGGUAGUCCACCAGUCUGCGUGAAUGAGUUGAUUGAUCAGCGCUCCGUGCCAAGGAAGUCAUCAGUGUCAUCGGGCACAUUUUCAUUGGCCCAGUUCAGUGAACUAGUAGACGACACGAAAUAUGAAGGCGCUGCUAGCGAAAGCGGAAAGGAGGCGCUGAUGGGUAGAAAGAGUUCGUCGUCGAGCUUCACGUCUCGUUCGCUAUCACAGCUGAGUCUGCCGUCAAUCGAUGUAUCCCUGACUGGUGAAGCGGGUAACGUCUCGCCCGCCAGUGGAUGCUCUGGAACUGAUGAGGAAGAUGUAAGCUCAUCAUCGGUUGUGGAGGCACCAAGUGCUGAACCGGUUCUAGUGAUCGACAAAGAAACUCGAAACAUUAACCAGUGGAAGGUGAACAUCAGCAGAAUCGUGCCGAUGAGGGACGGCACAACUGGGCGUACGGUAUAUGUAUACGUUAUUGAUGUGGAACGUAAAGAAGCAAAGGACAAAGAAACCAAAUGCUGGUGUAUAUACCGGCGAUUUGCUGAAUUCUACGUGCUUGAGAUGAAACUACUGGAGUUCCAUGGUGAUUCGCUUCGUUUCACUUUGCUUCCACCAAGAAAAACGUUGGUGAGCAGAAAUCGAGCAUUUCUGGAGCAACAUCGUCUUUUAUUUUCGUUGUUCCUGUCUUCGCUCUGCAAGCAGAAUAUGUUGCAACGAUCGGAUCUUUUGUUUGCAUUUCUCACAAGCAGUGAAGAAUUUCGGCAGAAUCUACUGUUGAGUGACUUGAACCCGUGGAAGGUAGGUGAA